CUGCGUGUGUUUAACCGAAGCUUGUGGCUGCUCGUCUCCCGCUGCUCAUAAAACACAACCUACAGCUUCCCGAAAUACAGAUCGCAGUAGUGCAAGGAUCCGAACACAGCAUACACGGAGUGAAGCCAAGCAUGAGUAAAGUGUGUUCUGCGUCAUGUGACAAUCACGCUCCCCCACUGAGCAUGUCAGAUGAGCCAGAGAGGAGUGACGGGAGUGGGCGUGCAGUGGGUGUGGUGUCUGGUGUGGUGUCGGGUAUGGCGUCAAGUGUGGCCAGCGUGGCAUCCUCUGUGUCACACGGCGUGGGGGACGUAGUGCACACUGUGGCCACGGGAAUGGGGGAUGUUGUGCUAGUGUUGGGUGUUGGGGGCACAGUACAGCAAGUGACAGCGGGGGUGAAGCGCCUCCUCACUGAUCCCCCAGACUCCCCCAUGGCCAGUGGGGGUGUGAGAGGAGAGGAUGAGGAGGAGGAAGAGUGGCCUGGUGUUCUUCCUCCAACGCCUCGCAACUCAACACUCUCACCAUACACAGACGACACAUACAGUGACUUGAGUCCAGGCACUGACUCAGAGGCAGCAGCAGAGGAAGCAGCUAUCAACCACGAGUUGGGACUGUCAGAGGAUCACUUUUCACAGCCAGAGGAGAGCAUAUUGAGCAUGACUAAGGAGAGUGUGGAGAACAAUAUUGAGAAGUGCAAGUCAUUGAUCCUCCAGUGUGAUGAGUCCACCUCUCGCCGCCGAGCCCUCGUACACAAGCUUAUCCAACUGAGACUCAGACUUCAGGAGAUGCAUGACACAGCUGAGAUCGCCUCCACUGGUGUGCUGGUCAAGAUUGGGCACCACCUGCAGCCCCAGAAACCGCCCCUUACCCGUGCCUCCAAGCAGUACUGUGACAAGUGUGCUCACAUCAUCUGGGGGGUGAUUCAUGUCUCCUAUGUUUGUUCCUUGUGUGAGUACAGAUGUCAUGGCAGGUGUGUAGAGGAUACCAUUCGCAGGUGUGCCAGCACCAGGGUCAGUGAGGACCCCAUGUACAUUCUGCGCAUCUGCCCUGAGGUGGGGCUCGCUGCCCAGAAUUACAAGUGUGCCGAGUGUAAAAGACUCAUAACAAACAUCCAUCCAAGGGGCUUCUCUUGUUUUGGUGAUCCCAUGCGACAAGAGAGUGCAUGGAGUGAGCCGCGGCGAUGUGACUACACAGGCCUGUACUACUGCCCGGCCUGCCACUGGGGGUCCCGAGUGGUGCUGCCGGCCAGGGUGCUACACAACUGGGACUUUGAGGAGCAGGGAGUGAGUCGACAGGCAAAGCAGUUCCUUGCCCUCAUGAGAAACAAGCCUGUGCUCGAUUUGGAGAAACUUAACCCUCACCUUUUCAAGUUUGUAGAAGAACUCAGUACUGUGAAGAAACUUCGUGAGGACAUCCUGCUUAUGAAGCGCUACCUGGGAACCUGCCGUGCUGCCCAGGAGACACGCAUGCUCCGCCAGCUGGAGGAGAGGCAGCACUUUGUUGAAAACUCUCACAUGUAUUCUCUGCAAGAUCUUGUAGAUGCUGAGUCUGGAGUACUGGUAACCUACCUGCAGAAAGUCCACCAGUGCUUCUCAGAACACAUCAAAACAUCUUGUCUGGUUUGUCAGGGAAAGGGUUACAUCUGUGAGAUUUGUGAUGUUAGCAACAUCAUUUUCCCAUUUGAUGGAGGAGUGGUGGUGUGUGAUGGCUGCUCCACUGUAUUGCAUCACCUGUGUUACACCAACAGGGGCUCCAAAUGCCCCAGAUGUGUCCGGCAGGAGGCCAGGCGUAGGCAGGAAACAACAGGGGACAGAGUAGUCGUCAGUAGAAGUAAACAUCCAUUACAUGAAGAUGUAACAAGAAAAGAAGAAUAACAAAAUAAGAAGAAAACAAGGAAGAAGAAA